AUGGCGAGUGCACACGCCGGGAUUCCCCCUCCGGGGGAGAUGAUGUCCCGGACAUGGAGCCGCUGGCCUUGGACGGCGAAGUCGUGCGUGAUCCUGACGGGCCUUCAAGUCGUCUCCUGCCUCGCCGCCCACUCUUCCUGCCAAGCGGGGCCGGUGUACAGGGGGAGCCUUGAAGAUGAGAUUCAGGUCUUCAGCAUGACCCGAAACGCUUUGAUCAUUCCAAUGGCCCUCAUCACCUUGGUCUUCGGCUUCCAAGUUGCCGAGAUGUGCUCCUCCAAACCCAGGCAGAGAGCACUUGCAAUUUCAAGAGCACCCAUGCUGUUAUUUGCUGUCAAGAUUUGCUACUACACGAUGCUUUCACGCGGACAUGGUUUGGCAUUUCAGAAUCAACGGAGCCCCGACUACCGGCCUAUCUACGUGACUCGCUGGAUAGGUUGGACCUACGCUAUCCCAACAGUUCUGUUCAUGAACCUCUACCCACUCAUGGACAGCCAUCCGAUGCUCGAGGUCCUUCUUCGGAUCUUGCCGCAGCUUGCGGCCUCUGCAGCAUACUGUUGGGCCUGCGGCCUCGGAUCCGUCCUUUAUGACCCAUGGAUGGGAUGGUUCUUGACCCUGCUGGGCUGCGCGGCCUAUGCGGCGGUAGUUGCAGAUGAGGUAGUCUACCUCACUGAGCACAUGAGGACCACGUCGCAGCCCACUCUCAAAGGUGCCAGCGUCUGCGUCAAGGAGGUCAUGUUUGUGGCGUACACGGUGAUCUUCUUGCUCGGGAACAUGGGCAUCGUCAGUUCCUACAGUUGUCAGUUGUUCUACAGUGUCACAGACAUCAGCCACCUGGCAGUCUUGUCAUCACUCCUGUUCGUCUACUGGAACCUCGAUGAUCCCAAGCUGACGGCCACAGCAGACCACAGAGAUUGA